ACCAAUCGUUGGUCUAGUCUUCUAACAGCUGGUAUUUUAAUGUCGAUAAUUUUAAUAAUAUUAGUAGAAAUGUUUCGAUCUUUCAUAUAUAUUUUAUAAAAAGAAUAAUAUUUAAGAAAAAUCUCUAAUAACUUUUUGAUCGAAAUGGUUAGCAUAAAAGAUAAAGAAAUUAAUGAAAAAAUGUUAAAAUUAAUAGAUGACAUUCAUUACGGUGAUAUUAAAGGUAUAUAUAAUAUCGUAGUUGCUACUGUAUUGGCUUUAAAAGAAAUUAUAAAUAAUGCAGAAUGGACUACUGCAGAAAAUUUGAUGAGUAUAAUUAGAACAAAUGGAAAGUAUUUAGUAGAAGCUAAUCCUCUUGAAUUUUCUAUUGGAAAUAUGGUUCGAAGAAUAUUACAAAUAAUUAGAGAAGAGUAUACUUCUGAAUUAAAAAAUAAAAAUGAUGAAACAGAUCCACAAGAAUCUUUACAUAAAAUUCUCACUGCUGAAGGUGAUCAACAAGUUGAUUUCAAUAUUUCUGUACCUUCUUUAAAAUCAGCUAUUAUAGAACACAUUAAUGAAUUUGAAGUUGAGUUGGAAACCUGUGCAGAAAAUAUUACACAGCAAGCUUCUGAACACAUUCAUUCUAAUGAAAUUAUUAUGACAAUCGGUACAUCAAAAUUAGUAGAAGAGUUUUUCAAAAGAGCUGCUGAAACAAGAGCUUUUGAAGUUAUAGUAGCUGAAGGGGGACCAUCAUUAAGUGGCCAUGAAAUGGCAGUAAAUCUUGCAAAAGCAAAAAUUAAAACUACUUUAAUAUCAGAUGUAGCAAUUUUUGCAAUGAUGUCACGUGUAAAUAAAGUAAUAAUUACUACACAUACUGUUAUGGCAAAUGGAGGAUUGAGAGCGAUUUCGGGUUCACACACAGUUGCUCAAGCUGCAAAACAUUAUUCUGUCCCAGUAAUGGUUUUAUUACCAUUGUAUAAACUUUCUCCGCUGUAUCUAUAUUCUCAUGAACAAGAUGGUUUUAACAAACAUGUUUCACCAUUAGAAGGUGUAAUUGAUGAUGCAAAUUUAACUUUAUUAGAAAGAAUUCAUGUAUAUAACCCAGUUUUUGAUUAUGUGCCACCAGAAUUAGUUACAUUAUUUAUUUCAAACACGGGUGGAAAUGCACCAUCAUAUAUUUACAGAUUACUCAGUGAAUUGUACCAUCCAGAUGAUUAUGAAUUAUAAUAGAUAAAUAUUAAAAUAUAUUUAUACUUUAAUCUUUUUUAGAUAACUAUCAAAACAUUUAAUCUUUCUAAAAAAAUGUUUUUAAUAAAAAGAGAAAAUA